CUAUCGAUGCGCCUAAUAUCCAUCCACCUGAUCGCAUUCGUUGUAACGAAUGUAACGAAUACGACCAAGGGGCCCAACUUUGGUUACAGAUCUUCUUGCCAAAUAACCGGGGUAAAUUUUAUUUCUAUAGGCCUGGAUAG